AUGGCUCCGUAUAGCGGCGCUGCUCCCUGCCAAUCCUGCCGCUGGAUUCUGCUUCCGCUCCUUCUACGAUGCACACUUUCACAGACGGACAUGGACGACUUCCUUUUCCACCCAGGGAAGCCGGUGGUCAUCAAUCUCGGGCCGCUGAUGGAAUCGGACCUGGGUCAGGCCUUGCACGAGAUGCUCGCAGGACCUGGGCCCAGGACGGGUUCCAGCCACCAGCUGCUGGCCCAAGGGCCUUCUGUGGAGGGGCCCCUGGAAUUCGAGCAGCCGGACCUCUUUCGGGGCUUGCUGAAAGGCUUCGGAUCCCACUUGGUACCUGCGAUGCAGUCGGGCAGCGGCGGCUUCCAAACGAGCGUGACCAACGGGCAUUUCCGCCUUCGCGCCUCUCUUCCGGGCUACAGCAUGCACAGAAGUGGUGACGGAGACGAGCCAUUAAACGUCAAGGUUAUAGGUGACACUCUUGUUGUUCAGGGACAGAAGACCACGGGACAGAUGGUGACCAGCUUUCAGCGGAGCUUUCCCCUCCCUUUCCUGCCGGACGCGAGCAAGGUCUCUGUGAACUACAGCGCGCAGGAUGGGGCACUUCUGGUGGAUGUGCCUCCAAAACCAGGACAAAAGAUCAGAGCUGCCGAAGGCAUGGAGCUGCCGGAGAUGGAAGAGAUUCAGCCGCCUGAAGAGGUCAGGGAUCUCUUUGACAUCCUCGGCGGGCCGCAGAUGACCGUAGCCUUCGCAGACUCGCAGCGGCGCGGGGCGAAGGAAUUCCACAGCCGGCUUCGAGGAGGCCUCCAUCCUGCGAGCCUCAUGGGAGGGCUGAGGCGGGUGCCGAGCGGUCCCAUGCCCAUGGACCCCUUCGGCAGCCUCUGGCAGGAGCUGUCAGACAUGCCAGAGCCUAUGUGGCACGAAGAAGUGGAGACUGAAGGACCUGAGGAGACCAGCUCCACCACGCGCGCACUGCCCGUGGCGCGUGCCCCGGAGCAGAACCAGGGCGGCGCAAGCCCGGUUGUCGUGCAGCCCGCGAAGGUCGCAAAGCCUUUCUGGCGCCUGGCAUCCACAGCAGAUCUGUCCAGGAACGAGUACCUGGACAUUGUCAGCCCCCAAGGGGUGGAGCUGGGGAAGAUCGGAGGCGGCUUUGUGGAGUUCUUUUCCAAGGGUGAUGCGAGUCAGAGCCCGAAGAAGCUGCAGCUGCCGGUGCCCGUCCUUCAGGAGGACUGUGCACAGACGCAGAUGGGCUCGCAGGAGCAAGUGGUUCGCUGCCAUAUUCAGCCCGAAUCUGUGAAGAGUGUGCACAUCAAUGUCAUUGACGAAUUGUGA